AUGUCUUCUACAGUGAACAAACUCGCCAAUGCCGUCUAUCAGCAACUCCCAUCUUUGUCUGGGGAGAAAGUGUCAGAAAUGGACCCCGUUCCCUGGACAGACCCCGCCGUCGAGCCGGAAGUACCUGAUGAAGCCGAAAAGGUUCAAGAGCUGAUGGAGGUCAUUCGCAGGAUACAGGAGAAGAAUUUCGGGAUGCAUCGGCAUGCAUUUCGUGGCACCCAUGUCAAGACUCAGGCGGUUGUGAAAGGUUCUCUCACGGUCAAUGAAGACUUACCGCCGCAUCUGGCUCAGGGCUUGUUUCGAAAACCUGGUGUCUAUCCGGUCGCUGCAAGAUAUUCUAACGAGCCGAGCUUCUUGCAGGAUGAUCGGACCCCAGGACCCCGUGGAAUGGGCUUGAAGGUGUUUGGCGUUGAAGGAAAACAUCUGGAUCCAAGCGGUGACCGAACAAGAACACAGGAUUUUACUUUCAACAACGCCCCCAUGCUAGAACUGACGGAUCUGCCGACGACGCUUGAAAUAUUCACACUCCGAGAGAGACAUUUUGACGACCCAUCUGGCCUCAACAAGGAACUGUGGUGGAGGAAGGACCAUGCGAUACAAGUGGCUCCCCAGGAACUGCCUAAUGUUCAUCCUGUUAGUUUUACAAUGUACUCUCAAUCUGCAUUCCGAUACGGCGACUAUGUUUGCAAAUACGCGCUCUUCCCUAGCACGGAACUACAGCAAUCUCUCAACUCUCUGAAAAUCACCAAAGACUCGUCUCCUUCCGAGAUCAGCUGUUGGAUGCAAGCAUAUUUCCGCGAGCACUCAGCAGAAUACGACUUCAAGGUGCAGCUUCUCCGCGAGCCGGACCGGCAGAGCGUUGAAGACACCUCAAAACCUUGGACCGAGACGGCGUUUCCUUACGAGACGGUGGGGAAGGUGGUAUUUCCGGCUGGCCAGGAUGCUUUUGAUGCAGCGAGGAGAGUCUUUUGGGAAGAUCGCAUGAAGUUGAACGUUUGGUAUGGAUUGGAGGAGCAUCGGCCGCUAGGGAGCGUGAAUCGGCUCAGGAAGGAGCUAUAUAAGAUGAGCCAGGGGUAUAGGGCAGAGGUUAAUGCUACGCCGAUACUCGAGGUGUCGGAUGUCAACGAGAUACCGUAG